AAAAAUAAAAAUUAAUCAUCGUCAUGUUCGAGAAGAAAGGAGGAAGAACACUAUUGGCGAAGAGUAAAACCCUAGGGACGAUCAAAACUAGAAGAACUAAGAAGAUUCGGAAGAUGGAAGGGACAUUGGAGCGACACUCUCUGCUUCACUUCGGUCAAUUGUCGAAGAUUUCUUUCGAAAAUCGUCCGCCGUCGAAUGUUCCGUCGUCGGCGGACUCGUCGGAGCUCCGAAAUCAGUUGGGUUCCGUUGAUGUUGAUACCAAUUGCGGAGAGAAGGACUUUAUUCUCAGCCAAGACUUCUUCUGCACACCUGACUAUAUAACACCAGACAAUCAGAACUUGAUGAGCGGUUUAGACAUCAGCAAGGAUCAUUCUCCUUGUCCUAGGUCACCUGUUAAACUAAAUACAGUUAAAAGCAAAAGAUGUCGCCAGGAAAGUUUCACACUGAAUCCUGCUAAUUCUACCUGGUCUUCAAAAAGUAGAGUAGAUGAACAAGAGAAUGAUGAUAUUGACACAGAUGAGCUCAUGAUGGAUAAACUCCAAGCUAAUCAAACAGAGAGGACUGGAUAUGUUUCACAGACUGCAGUGGCUUUGCGGUGUCGGGCUAUGCCACCCCCUUGCCUCAAGAAUCCAUAUGUGAUGAAUCAGUCUGAAACUGCUACUGAUCCUUUCGGAUAUCAGAGAUCAAAAUGUGCAAGUUUUCUCCCUGCAAGUAUAACUGGGGAUGGCUUGUCAAGAUAUCACACUGACUUUCAUGAAAUUCAGCAAAUUGGUGUUGGACAUUUCAGUCGUGUAUUUAAGGUGUUGAAGAGAAUUGAUGGUUGCCUAUAUGCUGUGAAACACAGCACAAGGAAGUUGCAUCUGGAUUCAGAAAGACGUAAAGCUAUGAUGGAAGUCCAAGCUCUUGCUGCUCUUGGGUUUCAUGAAAAUGUAGUAGGAUACUACUGCUCGUGGUUUGAAAAUGAGCAAUUAUACAUUCAACUGGAACUCUGCGAUCACAGCUUGUCCAAGAAAUCUUCUCUUAAGGUCUCAGAAAGAGAAAUUUUGGUGAUUAUGCAUCAGGUAGCCAAGGCAUUACAGUUUGUUCAUGACAAAGGAAUAGCUCAUUUAGAUGUAAAACCAGACAACAUAUACAUCAAGAACGGUGUUUGCAAGCUUGGUGACUUUGGUUGUGCCACACGAUUGGACAAAAGCUUACCAGUAGAAGAAGGAGAUGCACGCUACAUGCCUCAAGAAAUACUAAACGAAGACUAUGAGCACUUGGAUAAGGUGGAUAUCUUCUCUUUAGGUGUCACGGUAUACGAACUGAUUAGAGGAUCUCCUCUGACAGAAUCAAGAAACCAAUCCCUUAAUAUCAAAGAAGGCAAACUUCCUCUCCUUCCUGGCCAUUCGUUGCAAUUACAGCAUCUGCUUAAGACAAUGAUGGAUCGUGAUCCUAUGCGUCGCCCUUCUGCUAGAGAAUUGCUAGACCAUCCCAUGUUCGAUAGGAUUCGAGGUUGAUUCAUAGACAGACUCUCAGGUGUCGAGAACUAAAUUUUGUAAAUUAUGGUACCAAUGAUCGAUCGGAGGGUAUUGGUCCGUCCAUGACCAUGCACCAGUUAUUAUUUUUUUUGGCGUAAAAAGGGGUACCAUAAUCUUGGUUUCGGUACAAAAGAUCCGUCUAACCAAAAAGCCUGAGUUGAAGAUGUUGUUGGUUUUGUUGUAAUUUUAUGGCUCUUGUAUAUUUAUGGAACUGUGAAUUUUUGGUAACUAUCCUUCAUAUCAUCAUCGUUUGAUAGGGAUAAAAGUGUCCAAGAUUUUACUAAGAAGGUUUAAUUGAUUGCCUUAUUAAUCUUCUCUAA